AUGAGGUCGAAUCCCUCUCCCACGCCCUCACCUCUUUCUACCCUUUCGCCGGCCGCCUCCUCAAAACACUCCUCCACCGUCGAUUGCAACGACGCCGGCGCCGAACUCUCCGUCGCUCGGGUCACCGGCCUCCCCCUUGCCGACGCCGCGCGGGACCCGCACGACUCCGCCCGGUACCUUCCCGCGGAGGACGCCUCGUCGUCCCCACUCCUCCUCGCGCAGCUCAAUUUCUUCCCGUGCGGAGGCUUAGCCGUCGCCGUCCGCUUCUCGCACAUCGCCGACUUCGCGUCCGUGACCGCGCUCCUACAGACAUGGGCCGCCGGCGGCGGUCGGCCGGCGCUCGGUUUCGACCUGUCGGGCUAUUUCCCGGCCCGAGAGGAGCUCCGGCCGGCAGAAAUCCAACUCCCCUUGCCAGACGAGGCCCACCGGACCAAGCUUUUCGAGUUCGACGAGGCCAAGCUGGCGGCCCUCGGGCGGCGGGCGGCGGGUGGCCACACGCGCGUGGAGCUCGUGUCGGCUUUCAUAUGGGAGAGCUUCAUCGAGGCAUGUAAUGGUGUGAAGGAGUUGGUUGCGGCGACCCACGCGGUGAACCUGAGGAAAAGGAAGAAAGCUCUGGAGAACGUGUUCGGCAACUGUUUGAUGAUGUCAUUCGCGUACUCCGAAAAGGGUCGGGAGUUUCGCGAGCUGGCGGGGAAAUUGAGGGAGUCGAUACGGAAGGUGGACGAGGGAUACAUCGCAGGAUCGGAAAAGGAUGGAGGCAUGUACUUGGGGGACGUUUUUGGGUUUUUUUCCAAGUAUAUGACGGGAGAAAUGGAGGGUUUUUUGUUCACCAGCUGGUGCCGGUUUCCGGUUUACGAGGUGGAUUUCGGGUGGGGAAGGCCUAUUCGUGUCUGCACAGCAGACUUGCCGGUGAAGAAUGCUGCCUGUUUGAUGGACAUGAACGGGUUAGAGGACGGUCGUGGUAAGGGAAUCGAAGCUUGGGUCAACAUGACGGAGGACGGCCUACAAAUACUCGAAAAGAAUUUCGAAUUGAUUUGCAAUGAUGUCGAGAAUUCAUCUUGA